AUGCGCGCUCCGUCGUCGGGGCUCCGGCUACCGCCGCCCACCCUCAUCGCCGCACUGUGCCUCUUCGUCGCCUCCGCCUCGGCUCUCGCAGGCAGCGGCAGCGUUUGCUUCGACACAUGUUCCAACACCCUCCGCCAACCGCAGUUCAACGACACGCAGUCCUACAAUGGGAGCUUACCCUCAAGGUCGAGGCUCAUCCCGCAGUGCGUGAGCCAGCUGCAUAUCAAGUCGCUCUACCUCUGCGCCGACCUGCACUGCGACUUGACGCACCGUGUCGCUGGCCUGAGCAAUGUCAACCAUACAUGCCAGGCCUACAUGAACACCUCGCUGCCGCCCUUUGAGAUCGCCGCUGGUUAUUCUGAUGAGGAUAUUGCUGGCUUAAGGAGGUUGACAAAGGCGGAGGGGUCUAACUCGUCGACUGUGCUGAAUGAGGUGGUGUUGCCUGCGGAUGCCUAUUAUCAGAUCUGGUUCGACUCUCUUGAAUCCGUCGAGUACACAUAUGGUAAUCACUACAGAUAUGGUUUCUACGUGAUUGUCUUCUGGUUCAUCGUAGUCGCCAUCGGGCUGGGAUCUCGCCUCGUAUCGGCCAUCGGAAACCUUCAAAAGCAGGAAUGGGAUUCACGAAAGUCGCCUAGCAUUCUUCACUGGUCUGCCCUCUGGCUCAAGCGAUACAUUACCGUCCCCGCCACCUUCGGCUACCGUUGUUCUCAGAACCUCGGCUGGUGCACCAUCCCGCCACGCAUCCAGAGUCUCACCAUCUUCACCUUCGUUGCCGCGAACGUCUUCUUCUGUGUCCACGGGUACUGGAUCUUCUCCGGCCACAUUUGGCCGCAGAAGUACCAUUUGGUCUGGCGUUACGUAGCCGACAGAACCGGCAUCAUCUCGUUCGCCAACUUCCCCAUCAUCUGGCUCUUUGGCAUGAGGAACAACCUUCUCAUGUGGCUGACCGGCUGGGACUUUGGGACAUACAACAACUUCCACCGUUGGGUUGCUCGCGUCUCGACGCUCCAAGCUGUCAUCCACUCCGUCGGCUACGUUGUUCUGGUUUUUGAUGACGGCGACUGGAAUUACUGGAUGUCGUAUUGGCACCAGAUGUGGUGGAUCGAAGGAUGGUUUGCUACCGUUGGCAUGUGCGCCCUGCUGUUUGCCUCUGUCUUUUGGAUGCGACGAAAGCAAUACGAGCUCUUCCUUAUUCUUCACAUCUUACUGUCGAUUCUUGUCCUCAUCACCAUGCUUGGCCACGUCUCCAUCUUCCUUGGCCAGUUCGACAUUCUCUUCUGGGUACCUUGCCUCAUCUGGAUCGGCGAUCGUAUCCUACGCAUGUCGCGGACACUGUCCUUCAACCUCAAGUUCUGGAACACCUUCGCCCUCGCCACGUACGACGCGAACUCGAACAUCGUCCGCAUUAAUGUCCCAUACUCAACUAGCUUCUACGAGCCCAAGGCUGGCACCUACUACUACCUCCAUGUCCUCAGCGACAAGCGAUUCUGGGAAAGCCACCCAUUCACAAUGGCCUGCACAACGACGAACAUGAACGUUAGAAGGAAGUCGUCCAGCGAACAGACCCCCCUGCUCGUAGCAGGAGAGCAUGAUAUAGAGCCCAUCUCCGAGGCUGGGUACGAGCCCAGGAGAGGCGAGCCCUCAAUGACAUUCCUCAUCCGCCCCUAUGACAGCUUUACUGGCCGUCUACGUGAGGAUGCAGCAGCGCAAUGGCCCCGCCCUGCACGCCUACGCGUCCUUGUGGAAGGUCCCUACGGUCACAAGCAGCCCUUCAACCAGUUCGAUGACCUCCUUUUCAUCGUUGGAGGUAGUGGUAUUGUGGUGCCGCUUGCCCACCUCGCGGAACUCACCAAGGCAUCUUCAAAGACACGGUCGAUCAAGAUUGUUUGGGCCGUCCGCGAAUUGAGUUUUGCGGUCGAUGUGCUGCGCCACGACUUUGAAGACGCCUUGGAUGGUGGAAAGUUGUCUGUCGAUAUCUAUGUCACGCAACACAGCCUCGCAUCGAACGCUGCGCGGCCAGAGGAGUGGCCGGAGCAGGUGCGUUUGCUCCACGGGCGUCCCGAAGUUCGUGAGGAGGUACAAGAUGCCGCCACCGCAGCUGAUAAGGCGAGUCUCGCUGUCGUAGCAUGUGGGCCUGCUGUCAUGGCCGAUGAUGCGCGAAAGUCUGUGGUUGAAAUGCUAGGACGUGGGUGGUCGAGAAUUGAAUACUUUCAAGAGAGUUUCAACUGGUGA